AUGAAAGUGAGAGAGAUGGCUGCAGAAGGCUGUGGAGGUGACAAAGAAGAGGUUCUUCUUCCUCUCUUUGAGAGCAAGCAAGGGAAGUGUUCGGUUGCUUACAGGGUAUUUGCAUUGAAAUUGCUUGUGGGAACAUGUUUGAUAUUGUUUUACAGGCUUCUGUACAUCCCAAGAGCUGGAGAAGGAGGAAGAUGGGCUUGGCUUGGCAUGUUCAUGGCAGAACUCUGCUUCGGUUUUUACUGGUUCAUUUGUCUGUCUCUUCGUUGGAAUUCUAGAUUCAGUUUCCCUCAUAAAAACAGGCUCUCUCAGAGAUAUGAAGACAAGUUACCAGAGGUUGACAUUUUUGUUUGCACGGCGGAUCCGGUGAUAGAGCCACCGAUUAUGGUGAUGAGCACCAUUUUAUCAGCCCUGUCUUUCAAUUAUCCACCAGAGAAAUUGAGUGUUUAUCUGUCAGACGACGGUGGCUCAGAAUUCACAUUUUAUGCUCUCCUGGAGGCAUCUCAUUUCUCUAAGUAUUGGAUACCCUUUUGUAAAAAAUUCAACGUUGAACCAAGAUCUCCGGAAGCCUACUUUGCUCUAGAGGAGUCCGAUGAGAAAAACAGCAGAACUCAAGCUCAAGAAUGGAUAGCAAUCAAGAAACAAUAUGAAGAAAUGAAAAGACGAAUCGAAUCAGCCAUUGCACAUGGCAGCAUCUCCAAAGAAAUAAGGGAUCAACACAUUGGAUUUUUAGAAUGGAAUUCUGAUGUAACCAAGCAGAAUCAUCAGCCGAUUGUGCAGAUUAUAACUAAUGGGAAGGACACAGAAGCUGUAGACAAUGAAGGAUGCAGAUUGCCAACAAUGGUGUACAUGGCACGAGAGAAGAGGCCAGGAUACCCUCAUAACUUCAAAGCCGGAGCCAUGAACGCUCUGAUAAGAGUGUCAUCAGAGAUAAGUGGUGGAGCUUUCAUCCUGAAUUUGGACUGUGAUAUGUACGCAAAUAAUCCAGAUGCAAUACGAGAAGCAUUGUGUUUCUUCAUGGAUGACAAAAGAGGCCAUGAAAUCGCAUUUGUGCAGUAUCCACAACGUUUCAGAAAUAUCACAAAAAAUGAUAUCUAUGCCAGUCAUGUUCAUGUAGUUCCUGAGCUGGAGCUUCAUGGCAUGGAUGGCUAUGGCGCGAUGUUUUAUUGUGGCACUGGAUGUUUGCAUCGAAGAGAAAGUCUUUCUGGAGCCAAGUACUCCAAGGAUUGUAAAGAACAUACGGUGGAGACGAAGGUCAAGAAGAAUGAUACAACAGUUGAUGAAUUGGAAGAUGCUUCAAAAGUUCUUGCUAGUUGCAGCUAUGAGCAGGACACUCAAUGGGGCAGGGAGAUGGGAUUGAUAUACGGGUGUGCAGUUGAAGACAUUGUCACUGGCUUGGCAAUUCAAUGCAGGGGCUGGAAAUCAGUGUAUUACAAUCCAGUGAAGAGAGCUUUCAUGGGCGUUGCUCCUAACACUUUAGACAUUGCUCUUAUUCAAUACAAGAGGUGUUUUGAGGGCAUGUUUCAGAUGUUUUUAUCCAAGUAUUGUCCAUUCAUCUAUGGCCACAAGAAGAUAGACCUCGGAGCACAAAUGGGUUACUGUGUUUAUCUCUUAUUGGCUCCACUUUCCCUGCCUGCAUUGUACUAUGUCAUUGUUCUUCCUCUUUGCUUGUUCCAUGGCAUCUCCUUGUUCCCAAAGGUGUCAAGCCUUUGGUUCAUACCAUUUGCGUAUGUUUUCGUACUCAAGAAUGCUUAUAGCUUAUUUGAGGCCAUGAAUUGUGGCAGUACACUCAGAAUUUGGUGGAACUUACAGAGAAUGCAGCUGAUCCGGAUGACUAGUGCAUACUUUCUGGCCUUCAUUGAUGUAAUUCUGAAGCAACUGGGGCUCUCUCAAACAGCAUUCGCCAUCACUGUGAAGGUGGUGACAGAAGACGUUUUAAAGAGAUACGAGCAAGAGGUGAUGGAGUUUGGAAGCUCAUCUCUCAUGUUCACAAUCAUUUCAACAUUGGCAAUGCUGAACCUCUUCAGUCUAGUUUCAGCAAUGUUCAAGAUGAUUUUUCAGAAUUUUGGGGCUUUGGAAAAUUUGGUGUUUCAGGUUAUUCUUUGUGGGGUAAUGGUGUUGCUGAAUUUUCCAAUCUAUGAAGCUCUCUUCAUUCGCAAGGACAAAGGCUCCUUGCCUUUCUCAAUGAAAUUUGGGGCACUUGAGUUUUGUGUUGGAGUGCUUUUGGCACUUGUGUUGAGCCCACAAGGUGUCUUUGGGAUUAGAUUUGUGAUUGAUAGGGAUGAAUGCUUUUCUCAUGAUGUGCAAUAUGAAGGUGACAGAGUUCAUGCUUCUUUUGUUAUCAUCAGGAGUGAUAAAUAUUGGUAUGGUGGAACCGAAGGUGUUGAUCUUGUGGUGAAGGGUCCUCAUGGUGACCAGAUUCAUGAUUUCCGUGGUAAAACUAGUGAGAAAUUUGAUUUUGUGGCUCGACACAAAGGUGUCCACCGUUUCUGCUUCACUAACAAUUCUCCGUAUCAUGAAACCGUGGACUUUGAUGUGCAUGUUGGCCAUUUUUCAUACCAUGAAGAGCAUGCAAAAGACGAGCAUUUCAACCCCUUGUUAGAACAGAUUUCGAAAUUGGAGGAAGCUCUUCACAAUGUCCUGUUUGAACAGCAUUGGCUAGAGGCUCAGACUGAACGUCAGGCAAUAUUAAAUGAAGCAAUGAGUAAGAGGGCAGUUUACAAGGCAUUCUGGGAAUCUUCUGCUCUUGUUGCUGCUAGUGUUCUCCAAGUUUAUCUCCUUCGGCGCUUGUUUGAAAGGAAGCUUGGGAUAUCCAGAGUUUAGAUUCAUUAAGGAUUGCAGGAGUAAUUUAACCCUUGAGUCAUUGACUUGUAGGAUCAGAUAGCCUACACCGCUGUUCAUGCUUUUGAUUUUUUUUUUUUUUUUUUGUGAUUUCUCAGCAGGAAAAAGAACACAUACAGAAACUAAAUUGUACUUUGUUUCAAUGAUGAUGAAUAUAUAGCCAUGUUUUCUAUAUGGCUUUAGCAAGGAA